AUGGCGGUGAUGACACAGCACCCAGUAAAUGUGCAAGCCUCGCCUCCCGGCCACGAAGCCCGGGAUAAGAAUGCCGCGCUAACUGGCUCUGCAAGUCCAAGCAUAAAGUUAAGAGAGCAAGGUCCAAUUGUCCUGAGAACCAUUAGUCUGCACUACAAAUACAUGCGAACUUGGCAUUGUUGCGAGGAGACCAUGGCCACCGGCACUGCUCCGAACCCCCCCACGGGUGGUGGCACCGCCCAUGAUAAUGAAGACGAGCAGUACGAAGACUAUGCUCCUGAUCAGAUCACGUCCGAGGGCAUCGUCGACAAUCCUCUACUCCGAUGGGCAGACAUGGAUCUGUACGACCUCAAGGGCAUGGUCGACCUGUCGGUCACCGACCCCAGUCCCAUCAACAAAGAAGAGGAGGAGGUGGUGGCGAAGACAGUCACUGAUGAUCUUCGAUGGGUCAUCUAUCGCGUAAGGUACUCAAAGAGGCUUCGUUACCUCAUCGAAAAAUAUUCAGUACCUGCCGCCAUCAACGACAAGGUCGAGAUCGAUUGUCAUGUCAACGCCCCCCUCGAGCUCGAGGGCGAGGAAGACCCCGCGGCGAUUGACAUCACUGCACACUGCUGGUGUGACGAUGGCGUCUACUGGCUCACUCAGUCAAAGCAGUGGCAGCAGUUCGAGCCAGGCAGCGAUGAGCACACCGAGGAGCGGGUCGCCGAGUUCUUCGCAGCGCUCGCCUCGGACACAGAUGCACGCACGGCCACCGACACCACAUUCGAUACGUAUGGGGAGGGUUGUCAGUGCCCUAUCUGUCCUCUCAACAGACGCUUUGCUGAAUAUGUCCAGCAACUCUCCAACGACGUCCCUAACGCGCGAGAGGACUUCUCCCGCGACUGGAAGGAACUGCAGGAUAGAAAGAAGAAGAUACUAGACAUCCUCGUAUUCUGGGUCAACCUGGAGAAAGAGGACGAGGAAGCUGCAGCUGUAAGUGGAGAAGGCAACGGACGCGAGGGUGACGAUGAGGAGAAUGCAGAGGAGGUAGGCGAGGAGUGUGAAGAGAGCGACGAAGACGAGUAA